CUAGGCUUGCACGGCAGAGGUGGCCCUCACCUGUGGUCCCGGUUCUGCAUGUGCGCGACUUUGGCACCAUGGAGGGGACCCAGGAAGCUCUGAGUGGGAAAAUGCGGCUCCUCUUCACCCCCGCUGCUCGGACCAGCCUCCUGAUGUUAAGACUCAACGAGGCGGCGCUGCGGGCAUUGCAAGAGUGUCAGCAGCAACAGGUACGGCCAGUAAUCGCUUUCCAAGGCCACCGAGGGUACCUAAGGUUUCCAGGCCCGGGAUGGUCCUGCCUUUUCUCCUUCAUAGUAUCCCAGUGUGGCCAAGAGGGUACUAAUGGUGGCUUGGACCUUGUGUACCAACGCUUAGGCAGAUCUGGGCCGAACUGUCUCCACUGCCUGGGCUCCCUUAGAGAGCGACUCACUAUUUGGGCCGCCAUGGAUACUAUCCCAGCUCCACUGUUAGCUCAGGAACACCUGACUGAAGGUACCAGAGAGUCUGAGAGCUGGCAGGACACUGGAGACGAACCUGAAGGCCAUCCCCAGCUGGCACUAGAUGAGGUGUCUGACCCACUGGCAAGCAACCAUGAACAGUCACUCCCAGGAUCCUCCAGUGAGCCCAUGGCACAAUGGGAAAUGAGGAACCACACUUACCUUCCAAACAGAGAGCCUGAUCAGUCGCUGCUUUCCCCUGCUAGCCAGAAACGCCUGGACAAGAAACGUUCAGCACCUAUAACCACUGAAGAACCAGAGGAAAAGAGGCUCAGAGCUCUGCCUCUAGCCUCAAGUCCACUACAAGGGCUAUCAAAUCAGGACUCACAAGAAGGAGAAGACUGGGGGCAAGAUGAAGAUGAUGAAGAUGGAGAUUCCAGGCUGGAGCAGAGCCUCUCAGUUCCAUCAGCCUCUGAAUCCCCAAGCCCUGAGGAGGUACCAGAUUAUCUCCUGCAAUACAGAGCCAUCCACAGCACAGAGCAGCAACAGGCCUACGAGCAGGACUUUGAGACCGACUAUGCUGAGUACCGCAUUCUGCAUGCUCGAGUUGGGGCUGCAAGCCAGAGGUUCACAGAGCUGGGGGCAGAGAUCAAGAGACUUCAGCGAGGAACUCCAGAACACAAGGUGCUGGAAGACAAGAUAGUCCAGGAGUAUAAGAAGUUCAGAAAGGGUGCUUUUUCUCUGCAGCGGUAUCCAAGUUACAGGGAAGAGAAGCAUCGCUGUGAGUACCUGCAUCAGAAACUGUCCCACAUUAAAGGUCUCAUCCUGGAAUUUGAAGAAAAGAACAGGGGCAGCUGAGACUGUCCAGAGGGCUGGGAUCUUCCCCAGUGAUGAACACAACAGCUGCUUUUCUGAUUUUGUCCCUUACAUCCACAGUGACCAAGUAGAGAGCCAUCCUAGGUUCUUGCAGUUUGAUUUUUGAUGUUGCCAUCAUUUUUUUAGGGUGUGGGCAUGGUAUCAUCUCCUCAGCUGUGCCAGGAGACUAGGAAAGUAGGAGGUGCUUGGCUUCUUCAACUUUACUUUAGCUAAGUCAUUUCCAGAUCCUGAAAAGUGACAUUUCCAGGUUAACCUUGAGAAUAUUAGACAAAUAAACAACUUUAGGGGAGUUGCCUUGCAGGAAUAAAAUGAGAACUUCUGAUGACAGAACUCAUUGAACUUAUAGUGUACCUUUAUGUAACAUGGCUGAAAAAUUAAAACUGAUUGCUUCUGUCUUUUGUGCGAUCAUUAGCCUUAAUCAUCCAAGGCUAUGCUGUCUAUCUAAACUACCUUUGAGACUCUCUGGAAGACUAGAUCCCCCUGUUCCAGACAAGUGUUAUGAACUAGAGUCAUCUUUACCGUGCUCAUACAGGCUAGGCUUAUGCACUACCACUAGGCAGAACUACCUUCCCCCACCCACAACAUGUUUCUAAAGUAUUAUGAUCCAGAUCUCUAUUUUGUUAUCAGGCUUUACCAAAAAACA